AUGAUCAGCUGGAUCAGUGUGUGUGUGUGUGUGUGUGUGUUGUCAGUGCUGCUGUGUGUGUCGCUGGUGGCGGCCUUCGUGGAUGAGCUGGAUGACUCCUUCAUGGAAACCAGAGGAGCUGAUGACAUCUGGCUCAUUAAAUUCUACGCCCCCUGGUGUACCUUCUGUAAACAGCUGGACCCUGUUUGGCAUCAGAUCGGAUCAGAACUGAAGAGUCUCGGUUCCCCGGUCAAUGUCGGCAAAUCAGACGCCACCGCCAACACUGGUUUGGCCAAAGAGUUCAAGGUCAGAGGUUAUCCAUCCAUCCUCAUGUUGAAGAAAGGUGUGAAAUAUAAUUAUUCAGGACCGAGAACCAAAGAUGGAAUCAUGGACUUUGCUCAUCGAGUUGGAGGGCCGCUGGUUCGAACUCUCACCAGUCUGCAGCUUUUCCAACACGCCAUGAACAGCCGAGAUGUCAUGUUUGUUUAUGUUGGAGCCACAUCACAGCUAAAGGGAAACUACACGUCUGCAGCUGAGCAGCUGAUCGUCCACACCUACUUCUUCUCUGCUGCCAGAGACAUCCUGCCAAAGGCGGUCUCUCUGCCCUCUCUGCCGGCUGUGGUGGUUUUUAAAGACGGGACCUUCUUUACCUACAACGAGGAACAUGACGGCGAUCUGAAGUCGUGGAUCAACAGAGAACGUUUCCCAAACUACUUCAAGAUUGACAGCUACACUCUGUACGCCAUGGGAGAGUCAGGUAAACUGGUGGUGUUAGCGCUGGUGGAGGAGAGGAACCUGUGUGAGGAAAGCCUGAGGUAUAAAAGUCUGGUGGAGAAAGUAGCUGCAGACCACAGAGAGAUCUACAGCAGAAGCUUCUACUUCGGCUUCAUGGAGGGCGGCGACUACAUCAGCGGGCUGGUGAUGGCUGAGGUCAUCGUGCCAUCGUUCGUCGUGGUCAAUCUGUCCAAUGAUGGCUACUUCCUGCCAACAGGCGCCGUGGAGACGGAGCACCACCUGAUGGAUUUCCUGAACGGGGUUCUGGACGGCAGCAUCCAGUGUCAGGGAGGAAACGGCGUUGUCCAACGUGCCAGACGCUUUGUCUACGAGACUAAAGUCACGCUGAUGUCGGUGUUCAGCCAGGCUCCGCUGCUGGGCUGCUUCCUGGUUGGCUUCCCGCUUGCCAUGGCCACCGUGUUCUGUUACCUCUGCCGUAAAGCCCGAUCCACCAUAAGUGACGACGACGACGACGAUGUCGCGCCGUCAGCUCCGCCCCUGCAGAGCUACAAAAAACUGACUGACAAGAAGUCCGAGUGAUGAGGAAAUGAGGGGGACCAGACUGAUCCAGACUUAGACCCAGAGAACCAUCACCAUCAUGUCUCUGAGCUGUCACAUGAAAUAAAACAGUUCAUGCACCUGAACGCCUCUCAGUGAUUCAUGCACCUGAACGCCUCACAAUGAUCCAUGCACCUGAAUGCCUCACACUGAUUCAAAACCUGAAUGCCUCACACUGAGUGACUGUUGAAAUGUUUCAUCUAAAUAUUGAGAAAUUUUCAUUUUAAUUUACACAAUUACAAGAAAUCUGAUCUCCUCAUCAUGAAUCAACAGCUGUAAACAGCUGGUGGAGCUCCUCCUGUCGCUGCCACUAAACCACCACAG